AGCAUCAUCAUCAGAACUCGGGAAUUAUUUCGUACAAGUAGCAGAAAGGCAGAUCUAGAGCAACACCCACCAGCCCAGCCCAGCCCAGCCCAGCCCACUGACGAAGCCGACAACCAUGGGUUCGAGCUCGUCUAAGCCGGAGGCGAGCCAAUCCUCAUAUGUCUGGAAGGCAUCCUCGCCUAUAGGCAUCUCGCACGAUGUCGUCGAAACCCUCCAGUCAAGUAGCGAAACCGACACCACGCGCGCGCAGACCCUCGAGCUAGCCGUCCAAGCGCGCGUAGCCGAGGAACUCAAGAAGCUCGAGGCGCAGGAGACGGCGGCGCUCAAGGCGAUGCAGGACAAGAUCGCGGAGCUCGCGGACAGCAGCGGGGCCGGCGAGGACGACGACAAGCAGCUCAGCCGGCAGGCCGUGUCGAAAGAAGUCGAGGCGCUGCGCGCGCGCCUAGAAAAGCGCAAGCAGCUGCGCCCGCUGCCGGAUACCGUCGAGCAGGCCCGCGGAAACGUCGUGCGCUGCCUGCUCGAGAACGACCGCCGCCCGCUGGACUGCUGGCGCGAAGUCGAGGCUUUUAAGGAGGAGGUCCGGAGGCUGGAGAAGGAGUGGGUGGAUAAGGUCGUUUCGUGAAUGGAGGGCUCUCUCUCUACGGCUGCUACGAAGUAGAAGAAGAGAAAGAGGAAGAGAUGAAUAAAUAAAUCUCCUCUUCGGAUGAUGUCCAUCGCUACCCCCAAACCCCUAAUACCUACGAUAGAUACUCUGUUGUAACAAUAUUCGACACUUAUAGCAUAGCAUUUUAGGAAGC